ACAUAAUGUACUGUUGCUGAAUGUCCUCUUCGGAACUCAGUUGGAGUUAUAGUUUGUACUCAUGAAAUCCUAGAGAUAAUGGCAACAAACGCAAGACCUCUUCUUUGUUCUGUGAACUUCGUCCUCGCCAUAAUCGAGAAUUUGCUCAAAAAUUUCAAAAGCGAUUAAUUGUUAUCCUGUCACUUAUACAGCUCAGGUGACCCAUGGACUUUAAGUAACACGAAGACAUCUUCCUACAGCAGUGGCAACUAUACAAAAGUACGAGCUGUUCAACUGCGACUGUUGAUAAACAAAGAUCGAGCACCAGACAUGCGACAUCGACUCUUUCUACACCGUGUGGUCAUCGUGACACACUCACAAACACAUCAUCAGUCGUAUCCUUAUCCAACACAAUGCUAAACACGACUGACAGUGUGGGUAGACCAUUGAUAUGUGCUUGGAAUGGCUGAAAAUAGAAUUGAGGGUGACAAAUGUAUAGUGCAUGCAGCUAAGUGAGGAAGAAAUAAAUUUUUACAUCGAUAAAUAUGUAUCCAAUUUUUAUAAUGUUAUAUUUUUAAUGGUUAAACUAUUAGCAGUGAGUUGUAAUUAUAAAAUAAAAACGCAAUGCUGGAAAUUUAACUUUCUAUCAAAUAAAAAUUACGUAAGUUUCUGUUACACAAAUGGACAUUUGAAAUGUGUCUAUAUUUAAUUAAUAAUACAAAUGGGAAAAAUAACUCGUAUACACCCACUUAGUAACAGAAAAUAAUAAUGUAACGAAGACUGCAAUGUCCGUGAUUGUUCCUCAUUAAAUUUCGAUCUGGAGAUUUACGUAAUUACUUUGUCAAGUGAAUUGGACUUGGAUUUGGACUUGUUAAAUUUUUUUUAAAACUUCAAAUGGAGUUUUUAUACAUAAAGCUCAAAUGCGUGUGACUGUAUUCCUAAAUCAGCCAUUUCAUUUUCUGAGCCAAAAAAGUCGCUUCUUGAACACAACCUGAUGUUUCUUCAUUUGACUUGAAGACGUGGAGAUUUGCUGAACUGAGCCACACUCACUGUUACAAACUACUUGCACCCAACUGUCCAGUAAAGGAGAGCAAUUUUUUUCUGCUUUCCUAGUGGCAGAAAAUGCCCAAAUUGUAUUUUACGCAUAGGAAAAGGAGGCGCACAGGAAAGAAGAAGGAGGAGGAGAACCCCCCGGAAAAAAGAAGUCGGGAAGAUGAGGAGGCGAAGGCGGGUACGAGCACUGCCACGGAAGAAACCUUUAGAAUCGCCCCUAGACAGUUGCCGAUGUUAAAAGUAUUAAACGAUCUCAUGGAACAGUUGUCGGCAAAAGCGCAGAGAGAUCUGCACUUAGAAUUUCAUAGGAGAGCGAAUGAAAUUCUAGAUGCAGAAAAGGCUGAAUCAACUUGUAGGCCCGAGGCCGUCACACCUGACGACGAAGACGAAGCCUGAUGCUGUUUGCGUGCACUCGGCGACACUUGAUGGCAUGAAAAAAAUGUGGCUGUCAUGGCUGCUUAAAAGCCUUGACUUUAUUUUGUUGUUGGUUCUGAGUGUUGUUUUUUUUAAAUAAACCUUUUAAAAGGUGAAAAAUGUCAGCUCUGUUAUGGCAAUGUCAACAUGUUAGUGUUUUCUGGAGAGAGUCAUGAUUGAGAAAUGUACAACACUAAGAAAUUUUAAUUUUUCUGAAAAACUUAUUUUAUUUGGUGUACAUGACAACAUUUGUACAAAGAUUUGUACGGAUAAAGUGUUAGACCUAAUUAUCUUGUUAGCAAAAUAUUACAUUUAUGUAUGCAAAUGGAAAAACGAUAUACCCUCUAUACAUGCCUUUUUACUGAUUGUAAAAUACAGAUAUAAUAUAGAAAGAUACCAUAGUAUUGUAAGUAGUAAAUUGGACCUAUUUGAAGCUAUUUGGAAACCAUAUCAAAAAUUAGUAAUAUAAGCACAGUUAGUGGAAGCUAGGAUGUUCUUUUUCAUCUCUUCUCCUCGUCUUUCCUCUUUAUUCUUUUCCCCCCUUCUAUUCUUUUCCCCCCUUCUAUACUGAAUGAAUGCAGUAAUUAAUGUAUAAAUGUCAUAUAUGUUGUAUUAUUGAAAAAUAAUAAUAAUAAAAAAAAAGAAAAAUGU